UAACAGAUGUUACUCUCAGUGGAAUUGUUGUCGUGUGCGCUUCGUUACGGAUAUUUCAAGUCUUAUACCCCAAAUACCUUUCUUAUUGAAAAAAAAUAAUAAUACUGAAUUUUGCUAUAACUUCAGUAAAGUUGAUAUAAAAUUUUUUUUAAAGUUGACUAAAACAAAAAAAGAAAAACUAAUUGAGUUGAUAAGAAAAGUCUAAUUGGACGCCGACUUGCAGCGCGCUAAUCCAGCUCUUUCAUACAUACGUACAUACACGUGUGUGUGUAUAAGAGUGCAUUGCACGUUUUAAGCUCUUAACUACGAGGGUGUCGAAUAGGCAUUUUGACAUUAUCUGCUAUUAACGCAUAGCAUCCGUGAUCGUCAAUAUUUUUUGCAAGUUACUUAAAUCAAAAGUGAAUGGUUGAAAGCAAGAAACAAAUAUAAAAAUCAAAAAGUAUUUUUCAAUUGCAUUUUGUGUGCAUUCUAUUGCGAGCAAACCCACGCGUUGCAGAGAAAACACAGAACCACAUAUACACACACACACAAGCAAACGCAUUUACACUCACACAAAAAUCCUAUACAUACAGACGAUUUUCAACGCCAAAAGCAAGUUGCCAAACAAACAAAAACAAAACAGGCUCCAGCAGUUGCAGGCGCGCCAACAUCGUCGUCGACGUCGCUGCAUUGAGCCCAACGUCGACGUUGUUUUUGUUGUUGUCGCCGCGAGUGUGAGGACGCAAACGGACAGAGAACAAAAGGCAAUCAAAAAGUACACACGCUGAGCAACCGAUUAAGUCAAGAGCAAGCAAACUUAACAAGGAGCACAAGAAAAGUGUAGCACCUGGUCACACGGUACAAUUAACAAACUAGAGAUUGAGAAAGAGUGAGCGAUACAUAUACAUAAAUAUAAGGUUCCACGAGGGUUACGGUGAGAAGAAACUGUGUUUCUUGCUCUAACUGUUGUUGUGCAUUCCAAGAAGAAACAGCAGCGAGAAAAAUCCCAAGCGAUAGAGGGAAAGGGAAAGGAGAGAAGAGAGUGUGUGUGUAUUCAAAGUAGGAUCAAAGCGGAUAGUAUAUAAAGGAAGUGAGAGAUCAGAAAACAGCAGAAUGGAACUGGAGUCGAACACCAACCAGAAAGCUAACGGCGACGUUGCCAGCAAUGGCGGCUCCGACUCAAAGGAGAGCUCCGUGGAGCGGGAACUGAAUGGCGAGAUUGAGGCGGUAGAGCUGAACGGCGGGCCCUCGAAUGGGCACAAUCACAUCAAGAAGCCCUUGCCCGUGGGUGACGGCCAUGAUGGCCGCAUCAAGCGAAAGGCCAAGCGCCUCAUCCAAAGACAGAACAGCGGUAGUGGCAGCGGUACAUCUGCCACAUCCCUAACCAAUGGCGUCGCUACUGCUGGAGGCGGGGUUCUUCCGAGCAUCGCCAGUACCACGGUGUCGUCGCUGGCCAACGGCAUAUUGCCAUCCGGUACGGGCUACGUGGUGCCGCAUCGGCGCUGGAAGAAUAGCCGGAGAUCCCGUAAUUUGACACGUGGGCGGGGCCUGCCCAAGAAGGGCGGCGCCGGCGGCAAAGGAGUCUGGGGAUUGCCCGGAUCGGAGGCGCUGGCCGAGGUGUACGAAGAUGAGAAUGAUCCCAACUAUGACAGCGAGGUCAACGAUCGGAAUGUGGAGCUACGCGAGGUCAUCACCGAACUCACGCCCGAAGAAUUCUUCAAGCUCGCCGAGCCGAUCGUGCUCGAGUACUACGAGCAUGGGGACACCCACGAGGUGGCCGUCAGCUUUGACGAGAUCUUGCAGAGCCCGCUGCGAGAAUACAUCACCAGCAUCCUGGUCGAGAUUGCGAUGGACCACAAGGACUCGCAGCGGGAGAUGACCUCGGUGUUAAUCUCAGAUCUCUAUGGCCGCGUUAUCACCGGCAAGGACAUCGAGAAGGGCUUCAACAUGGUGCUAGCCAAUCUGCCCGAUCUCAUACUGGACACACCCGAGGCACCAGUCAUGCUGGGCAACUUCAUGGCCAGAGCCAUAGCCGACGACUGCAUGCCGCCGAAGUUCGUCAGUCGACCUGAGGAGCACCAGCAGAUGAACGAAUACGCCGAGCAGGCGCUGCGCCGGGCCGAUGCGUUGCUCCACAAGCAGGUGUGGGCCCAUCUGGAUAACGUCUGGGGCAUGGGCGGACCCCUGCGGCCAGUGAAAACCAUCACAAAACAGAUGACCCUCUUGCUCAAGGAGUAUCUGUCCUCCCGCGAUGUGGCCGAGGCGCAGCGCUGUCUGCGCGCCCUCGAGGUGCCCCACUACCAUCAUGAGCUCGUCUAUGAGGCCGUCGUGAUGACACUCGAAUCCUUAAGCCAGACCACCGAGGAAGCCAUGUGUGAGCUACUCAAGUCGCUCGAUCUAACGUGUCUGGUUCUACCAGCUGGCAUGGAGCAGGGCUUCAUGCGCGUCUUUGAUGACAUGGCGGAUAUUGUGCUGGACGUGCCAUUGGCGUAUAUAAUACUCGAUCGAUUUGUAGAACGAUGCAAUCGUGCCGGCUUCCUAACCGACAAGAUUAUCAACAAUGUGCCAUCGCGUGGACGCAAACGAUUUGUCUCUGAGGGCGACGGCGGACACGUUAAGCCGGCAACUUUGCCUAUGCGCGACUAAAUAGCAAGGAUCGAAUGACUUCAAUUUGGGGCAGUAGGAGCAGCAGCCGAAGCAGCAGUAGAAGCAGCAUACAACAAUAACAAAAAAAUAUGAAAGAAAAAAGAUCAAUAUCACAAAACAAAAUACCGUUAAACGCAAGCAACAACAACAGCAACAGCUUAACACACAAAACUUAAGAGACGAAGAUAGAAUGAUAGCUGGAGGGAGGGGAGAGAGAGACAGAGAAAGAGUAUACAAAGAAAAAGUUGUUUCUCUUGUUGUUGUUGCACAUGGAAUAAUAAAAUGAGAACAUAAAAUAAAAAUAAAACUAAAAAAAAAAGUAACUACAAAUAACAAUCAAUCGGAAAUUGAUCUCCGUUUAAACUAUAUGAGUAAUAUAUACAUAUGCAUGCAUACAUACAUACACAUAUAUAUAUAUAUCUACCUAUAAACAAAAUUAUUUUAAAAAUAUUUUUAAAAUAAUGCAACAAAAAAGAAUAUGGAAACAACGACAACAACGGAAACAGCAAUAAACACUACAUACAAACACUUAACACACACUCACAGGUCUAUAGACAGACACCAAUACUUUCGAAGAGCGAGUGCAGGAAAGCAAGAGAUAGAGAGAGAGAAAGAAAGAGUGCGCGCGAAAAAAGCUGAUGAGAGCAAUUUUCGUCGCUGCCGCAGCUGCAGGCUGCAGGCUGCAGCAGUAAAUGGAACUGCAAACAUAUUUACUUAUACGAAACUGUUAUACACACACAAAUUCACAUGAACACAAUCACAAACUGAAACACAGACACAGAGACACCGUUAUUAUUACUAGACAUUUAACACACAACUAAAAUUUAUUAGAAUAUACAACUAAGUCUAAGAGAAAUCCAUGCAAGCAAACAAAAAUGAAUAGUUACAGAUUAUAUUACGAUAAUUGUGUUAUGUUUAAGUUUUCAUGCGACAGAAAAGAGAAGAAAGCAGCUAACGCAAACAAAUGAAUUCAUUAUUCACAUAUUCACAGAUAUACUUAAUAUUUAUGUUUGGCCCCUAGAAAACAUUUCAAAUAUGUGUAUUUUUAAAAUCCGGCACAUCGAUUUCAAUUCCAGAUUCGUUAAAUCUCUUUUAACUUUGUAUUACAACAUUUGCGGUUAGUUUUUUUGAUUGUAUUUUACAUUUUACACGUUUCAAGCACACACACAUAUAUAAACACAUACACACACAAUCCAUUUUUACCAUUGGAGCAAUAAUGCAAAUUGCAAGAGCAGUUUCUUACUUUUAAGCAUAAGAAA